UAGACGGCAGCUUAACCAUGGACACGGAACACUACAAACCGGAGGACGAUUACGGCGAGCUCGUGCAGCGCAGCACCUACUGGGUACGGGCACUGGCCACAACGAUGGGCAUCUGGCCCGGCCAGUACGUUUCGAUGCGCAGCCACUGGUACCGAAGGCUGUACUACUUUAUGCUGCUGAUGCAUUGGCUCAACACCUUCCUGCAGACGGAGUUUUUCUUCCGAAAUCUGGGCAAUCUUGGUUUAGUCGUGCAGGGACUUUGCAGCUUCGUUAGCAUCACCACCACGGGCAUUAAGGUGAUGCGCAUCCACGCGUACGAGGCCGAGAUAGUGCAGCUAUGGCAAACGUUGCAAGACGCGACCUUCAUCAAGAAGAUAAGAUUUUUGCGCAAAACCGACCGGGGAACUAUCUUCCACCGCAUCCACAAGCUGCUGGCGCGGCAGUGCAAGGAGGUGCAGCUUAACUUGCGCUUCUACACGCUAGUCGUGGGGCUGGUGGCGUCCAACUAUUCCAUCAUACCUGCCUGCAGCAAUCUGUACAAUCAGUUCCAGGGCAAUGCAUUCAACCGAAGCUUUGUGUACAACACAUACUAUCCCUUGCUGGAGCCCGUUAAACGACGCAGCCCACUGUUUGAGCUACUGUUCUGCUCGGAAUCACUGUCCGGCUACACCACCUGGGCCGGGGUGGUGGCGUUCGACGGUCUGUACGUCGCGAUGGUACUGUACGCCGCUUCGCUGAUGCGUCUGCUGAGAGAUUUGCUGCACGAAACGGCGAACCCUGGGUUAACGGACGCGGAGCGUGCCUUCUUUCAGCGGGAAUGCAUACUGCACCACAUCCGCACGAUACAACUGAUUGAGAAGAUAAAUGAAAUCUUCUCGCCGGUGCUGCUGGUGCAACUGUUUACCAGCACCUCGAUUAUCUGUGUCAUUGCAUUUGCCGCCAGUAUGCACGCUGAUGAGGGCGAUUCGCAAACGAUGCUGAUGGUGCUCUACCUGAUAGCGGCUAUCUAUCAGCUGUUCCAGUUCUGCUGGUACGGCCAGCGGCUCCAGAACGAGGGUACGGAGCUGCCCCGCUCGGUGUACGACGCACAGUGGGAGCUUUGUGCGCAGCGGUUCAAGAGCACGCAGCACGUCCUGCUGCUGUACAGCCAGCGGCAGAUCGAGAUGCGCGCGUGGAGCUUUUCCGCCAUGUCGCUGGAAACGUUUUCCACCAUAAUCCGAAGUGCUGCAUCCUACUUUACCGUACUGCAGACGCUUGCCGAGGAAUAGACCCAAACGAUGAGCCGUCGCAUUGCGCUUGGCGAGCCCCUUGGAACGUAGUUGUUUUCUCUCUCUUUCUUUGGCACGUAAACACACACUCACACGCACACAGGGUGCAGAUAUUGGCCGUGUUCGAGCGGUCCAGACCCACAGUACAAAGUACAGCACGGACGGCGGGUGGCGAAACCACACGGCUGGCCCGUAAAGCGCGAUAAGCCCCGUGCGGGAGUCGACGCUGAUCAACAUCACGCGCUACGGUAGCAGAGGUCGCUCGCAUUGUGUUUUCGGGUGCGGGAUAUUUGGGCGAAGGCUGGCCCUUAUCACUGGCAAACUCAUCCAAACAUAUGGUGCACAUACACGCACACACAACACGGAUACACUCGACGGGUGAGAGUCAAUUAGUCAGUUCCGAUUUCUGUGCACAAUGGGAAAGUACCUAAACGGUGCUUUGAACGGUUGAUAAGGCGAGCGCGGUUUA